AUGUACUUGUACUCGGGAAUUCACACAGGAGGCGCCUACACCAAGCAUCAGCACUUGUGCUUGAAAGGCAAGAAAAGGUUAUUCUCCGCUUUAUCAAAAGCAAAAGAACUCCUCAGCUCUGUAAAACGGUCUUGGGUAGAUAGCAGUGGCAGGUACACUUCAAGCACACUAUUAGACCACCUGCCAGUACCAUCGUCGUCCUGUGACCAGGCCAAUGAGGUGUUGAUGGCAGGGACUUCUAUUAUUCGCUCAACUCCGUCGGUGAUGCACCCCAGCCAGGAAGUGUUAUGUGAUUCUUCAUUGCACAGUGCACCUACUUCUGCUAAUCUGUCUAUGCAAAUAGAUGAGGGAUUAUUGUUGGCGCAGCGAAGGAGCCAAUGUACUGGUGUUCCUAUGCCAUGGCACUAUAGGCAGUAUGAUGAUGUGCUCCCGCAGCCUCCUCCGAGUAUUCCUUUCAGAUUUCCUGACAAACAACCACAGUCAAACCUACCUGAAAAUUCUAUUGAUGCAUUCACCAGGACUCAUACACCACUGUCAGCCCCUCCUUUCCGCACAGCGAGGAAUGUCUUUGGCCUUGUACGCCAAUUCUUCUCAUUGACCCCCCCAUCUCAUGACCCAGAAGAGGUCGUAACUCUCACUCCAGCAGAACUCCCUGUUUCCCCCGAGCCUCAUGAUAUCUCGCUCUAUCCAUACCCUAACAAAUCGUCAUUUGAGCUUGGCCAUUGGUACUGGAAUGGCGGUGUACAAAAAUCCCAUCAGAGCUUUAAGGAGCUGAUUGACAUAGUUGGAUGUCCGGAUUUUGAUCCUGAUGAUGUGCGAAAUACGCACUGGGAUAAGAUUAACUCGCAAUUAGGCAUGAGUGCUAAUGAUGAGGAAGGGGAGGUAUGGGAAGAUGAAGAUCCGGGCGCUCGGCCUUAUGUCACUGCAGACCGUUAUCAUCAACCUCUGAUUUCCGUUAUUCAUGAAAAGCUCUCAAAUGCUGAGGACGAUGAACUCUUCCACUACGAGCCUUACCAGCUGUGA